GCGAGCGCGCACGCGUGCGAAACUGCGUGGGAAUGGCUGUUUGUGUGAUCGAGGGGGUUGGGCCGCUCGGAGCGAGCGGAGAGCUGCAUGAGUUUGUAAUGUCCGCCAUGUUGGCCAUGGCGUAUUGAACCGGGGAGGAACAGCGGAGCCUAACAAAAAAGAGACCGACAGAGAGCGACCGAGACCCGGGCCUGCCCGGCUCUGUUCGCGCUGCUACGGACCCAAGCCUGCCCUCAACCGACCGGCUGACUCCCAGAGACCGUCACAGAUUCAUCCAUGAGAACUAGAGGCAGACCUGCUGUUAUUCCGAGCAGAUAGAUUUAUGCUGCAUCUUUUCAUAUAAAAAAUGAGUAAAUUGUCGUUUCGGGCACGGGCGCUGGAUGCUAGUAAGCCUCUACCCGUCUUCCGCUGCGAGGAUUUGCCUGACCUGCACGAAUAUGCCUCUAUCAACCGGGCAGUACCGCAGAUGCCGACUGGGAUGGAAAAAGAGGAGGAAUCGGAGCACCAUCUCCAGCGGGCCAUCUCGGCGCAGCAGGUGUAUGGCGAGAAGCGGGACAACAUGGUUAUCCCCGUCCCCGAGGCAGAGUGCAACAUCACGCACUACGAGUCCCUCUACCCCGGGGAGUUCAAGAUGCCAAAGCAGCUUAUUCACAUACAGCCUUUCAGUUUGGAUACGGAGCAGCCAGACUACGACCUAGAUUCAGGGGAUGAGACGUUUGUGAAUAAGCUGAAGAAGAAAAUGGAAAUCACCGCCCUGCAGUUUGAAGAGAUGAUAGACCGUCUGGAGAAAGGCAGCGGACAGCAGCUUGUCAGUCUUCAAGAGGCCAAACUGUUGCUGAAAGAGGACGACGAGCUGAUCAAGGAGGUGUUCGACUACUGGAGCCGCAAGAGGAAAACCUGCAAAGGCGGCUCCCUCAUCCCCAACGUCAAGCAGGAGAAGAGGGACGGCUCCAGCACCAGUGACCCCUACGUGGCCUUCCGCAGACGGACGGAGAAGAUGCAGACCAGAAAGAACCGAAAGAACGACGAGGCGUCGUACGAGAAGAUGCUGAAGCUACGCAGGGACCUGAGCCGAGCCGUCACCAUCCUGGAGAUGAUCAAGAGGAGGGAGAAAAGCAAGCGGGAACUGCUGCACCUCACACUGGAGAUCGUGGAGAAGCGGAAUGCGAUGCCAGAUUUUGGCAGUGAGGUCAUGGCAGAGGCUCUGGCGCAGCGGGCUAUGGUGAAACCCGUGUACACCAUCCCUAUCAUUCCCCCGUCGAGCACCAACCAGUACAGACACCAGGACCACUUGGACAUGAAGGACUACAAGAAACCGGAGAAGACGGAGGCAGUACGAACCAAAAGGAAAUACGAAAAGAAACCCAAGAUCCCUCCUCUGUUGGUGCCCCAACAUUCAGGGCCCUCCGUGUUCAAUCCCAAGGACCUCAACCAGUAUGACUUCCCCAGCUCAGACGAAGAACCUUUCUCACAGAUCCAUUCAGGUUCCUCAGAGGCAGAAGAGGAGAAUGACCCAGAUGGCUGCUUUGCGUUCAGAAGGAAGGCCGGCUGUCAGUACUACGCUUCUUGUCCAGACCAGAGUGGCAACUGGCCCUGGGUAAGCCCGUCGGAGGGCGGGCUCGGCAACCCACGUUUCCGCUACUGUCUGACGUCGCUGAACAUGCCACGGCGCUGCAUAGGUUUGGCACGACGUCGUGUGGGCAGAGGGGGCAGGAUCUUGUUGGACAGAGCUCACACAGACCUAGACAGCAUCUGCCAGAGCCUGGACUCUGACCCGGAGCCCGAACCACUCGCCUCACCACUUCCAAGCUCUCCGCUCCGCAACUCCAACGCCAGUACCUCAGAAACCAAUACCUCGGACCCAAUCAGCUCCUCCCACCUUCCCUCCUCUUCAUCACCCCCACCACCACCACCACCACCACCAUCAUCAUCAUCGCCAACACCCAUGGACCUCAGCCAGAUUCUUUUGAACAUUAAGUCUUGCCGCUGGAGGCACUUCAGACCACGGACGCUAUCCCAUCACCCCUUGGGUGGUGGAGACUUGUCUCGCAGAGGAUUUAAGGAUUUUAGCCGGACAGUGUCAGGACUAACCCGGACCCUGUCUGGAGGAGCCAGCUCCCAGAACCGCACCGGUCCAGCCCCCGCCCCUGUCAAUGUGUUCACAGCAGAGCAGUACCAGCAGCACCAGGAGCAGCUGGCCCUCAUGCAGAAACAGCAGCUGGAGCAGAGCCAACAGCAGCAACAAGCCAACAACUCUGCAACAACCACCAACGCACAGGCACUGGUAUCCAAGACGUUAGACCAGGCCAGCGCCCAGUUCGCCGCUUCGGCCCUCGUCACCACGGACCAGCUGCUGGCCUUCAAGUCCAAAGAAGAGCUGGUGCUGCCGAGCGGAGUCAACGGGGUCCUGGCAGGCGCCGGUGUGUUCAAAGGCUUGCACCUCUCCAGCACCACCGCAGCCCUCCACCAGACCAACCAGUCGACACACACCACCACCACCACCUCCGCCGCCCCGACUCUGCUCCAGCCCUCCUCCAACUCGGCCACCCCUUCGCCCGCCUCAACCAACGCCGUCCCCACCUCCCUCGCCUCCACCCCCAGCGCCCACACAGCAGCAGCAGCACUGGGGCUCCUGGGAUGCAGCGCCGCCAGCGCCACCCCCGCCACCACUCAGGUCCUCAUCGGGAACAACAUCUGUCUGAGCGUGCCGUCGGCCGCCAGCCUGGCCGGACGCCACAUCCCCCGGACCCUCGGCAACGUGCCACCCUCUGCCUUAAAGCUGUCCGCCGCCACCAACCUGCAGAUGCCCAAAGUCUCCGGAGCAUCGUCCAUGGACAUGGGCUCAAGGGAUAAUCACGACGAAGACAAGCCAGCACUGAACAGUAUAGCAGACAACACAGUGGCCAUGGAGGUGACGUAGUAGCGGUGCAUUGAAGAGUCCGCUCUUUAGGUGCUGUGCAUCGUAGCAUCGGGAAUGCAAAAGGGACAGCAGGACUCUGACGCAGACUGACAGAACGACUCAUCUCUCAUACUUUUUAAACUUUUUUUUUUGUUUUGUUCUUUUGUUACUGUUAAAAGUAAAAGAAAAAAAAAGAUUGACAUCUGUAAAUUAUGAAUAUGGCAAAAUUAAUAUCUGUACAGUAACUACAUAUUUGUAAUAUCCCCCCCACCCCCUUGUAUAUAUUACUUGAAUACAGAACUGUCCAUUUGUGAUGUUUUGCACUUGGGAGUCAAACUUAAAGGAAAAAAAAAAAAGUAAGCCAAGUAACUUGUGGCGAGUGUGAGAGAUGUGGGAGUUGUAUAGAGAAGAGUUUUAUCACAUCAUGUGCAUGGUGCGGAGCCUGCUGUUAUCUAUUUAUUGUGCUGUGUUUACAGUUUUUUUUUGUUUUUGUUUUUUUUUGUUUUGGGUUUGUUUUUUUGUUUUUUUAUUUGUACACUGUACCUUCGUUGGUUCCUGUGCUGUAGUAAAUGUUAGGUAGCUACGGACUCCUGGGUAUUUUUGUAUAUUGUGAACACAAAGCAGGUUCCCCCCUCCCUCCCCUCCCCCCCCCCCCC